CAGGUCAGUCGGGUUGACUAAACUUGGACUUGUGCCCAGCCCAAAUCUGUUCCUGCGGCCAGGUUCACGUCACGGCCCUCAUAUUACCACUUCACCCCCGUCUCCUUUUGCUCCGUCUUUUUAUUAUACCCAUUGCUCUCGUUUACUUUUCUGUACUACUCUGCGAUUAUCAUUGCAGGGCAGUCUCCUUAAUCAUGGCGGCUUCUAUCUCGCCGUCGGUCAUUAUGACCCAAAUUCACAACUACCUCAACACCAAUGAGACCUCUGACGCUCUUUUCAAGUCCCAAAACGCGUUCGAUACCAUUGGAACCUACAAAUGGUUCAUUGGCACCGGCAUCUUCGUUCUCGUUACUACCAUCCAGAUUAUAAAAUACAUGCUGAGAGACCGACCUCCUCCUGGUCUGAAGCUCAUCCCCGGUCCCACGAGUACCAUCCCCUACAUUGGACGCGUCCACGAUGUCGACCCAAAUAAGCCAUGGUUUGCCAUGAAGAAGUUCUGUGAUGAAUAUGGUGGUAUUUUCCGUUCCACUAUCUGUGGUGAAAUGCACAUCUGGGUUGGUGAUGCGCAGAUUGCCUAUGACUUGCUCUGUAAAAAGGCGAGAAUCUACUCGUCCCGCCCCAUGGUUCCUGCUGUUCCAGGCAGUGACUCCCAGGGUCAAUAUCUCCCACUACUCGCCCACGAUGACCACUGGCGCAACCAGCGCAAGUUCGCCCACACCGUCCUAACUGCCGGCUUCAACUCCAAAUACUACGGCUAUGUUAGCCACGAGGCCAAGCGUUUCAUGUACAAGCUCCUGAUGGAUCCCAAGGAUCACUACGCUCUGACCGAUCGAUUCUGUGGUCGUAUCAGUGCUCGUCUUGGCUAUGGAAGCCCAGCAUCAGCCGCCGCUCACUGCAAGAACGCUGGUGAAUUCAUUCCUCAAAUCUCUCCUUCUGGUCCUAUUACCAACUUGAUGCCCUUCCUUGGCGGUCUCCCUGAGUGGAUCAACCCCUCCAUCCGCAAGGUUCGCGAACGACGUGAAAAGGAGGAGAAGUUGUGGAAGGGUUUGAUGAAGCAAGUGCGUGCUGAGAUGGACCAGGGAACUGCUCCCAUCAGCUAUGCCCGAACCUACUUUGAGCGCAAGGAGGCUGAGGCUGGCUCUCGAUCUUUCGGAUUCGAUGACCACGAGGCUGCCUAUGCCGUCGGUAUGUUGGUGACUGUCGCCAUCUUCACUAUCGGCGGUCCUCUUUACUGCUUCUUCCUUGCCAUGGUUCUCCACCCUGAAUGGCAACAAAAGAUCCGGGAUGAAUACGACGAGGUCAUUGGUGACCGAGUUGUCGAGGUUUCUGAUGCUCCCAACUUGCCAGUCCUUCGUGCUUGUAUCAAGGAGUGCGUCAGAUGGCGACCACCAGUCCCCCUGGGUGUCCCUCGUCUUCUCGAGGAGGAUGACGAAUGGAACGGGUACUACCUCCCUAAGGGUGCUGUCAUCCACGCAGUCGACCUCGCUCUUGCACGCAACCCCGAGCUCUACCCAGACCCAGAGGCUUUCCGACCGGAACGAUGGCUCCAGAAAGAGUUCCCCACCUACAAGGAGCCUCUCACCGAGCACCCCAGACUCAUGGGUCAUCACGGUUUCGGUAUGGGUCGACGUAUGUGCCCGGGUAUCGAAGUCACUGAGGCUGAGUUGCUCGUUGCUUGUGGCAGCAUCGUCGGUUGCUUCGAGCUCUUGCCACCAAUGGAUGCCAAUGGGCAGCCCAAGUGGCCAGAGAGCUACAACUUCACCCCCAACUUGAUCGGCGGCCCUCUGCCCUUCGAGAUGGAUGUCAAGGUCCGAAACCCAGAGAAGGCUGAGCGCAUCAAAGUUUGGUACGAGGAGAGCAUGGCCGAUGAAGCUGCCGGCAAGAUUGCUGCUGGCUUGUAAGAGAUGUGUGGAGAUGAAAUGACUUUCUCCAGUCUUUUCUGAUCUUGAGAGAUUGGGAUAUGUCAUAAUUUUGGGAAACUGCGCGGCGUUGCUGGGGGAAGGUUCUAAGAUUUUUUGACCUGUUUUUCAACCUAAUCUUGUGUGGAUGAAUGAAAUUUUGUGUGAUGUCAAUGCCAGAUUUGAAGCCAAGUAAACAGACCUUUGGGAAGAACUAAAUGUAUCAAUUUUGUAUCCAGAAUACUCGAUACUUGUGCUUGUCUCUUCUGUCAUGUCUAUCCACAUUCGUUGAAAAUUUCGCCUAUACAUUGCUCCUCAGAACCGAGUACCUUGGCUUCGACCCUGCGGAGAUUGUAGCAGUAACAGACGAACGCAGAUUGUCUGUCUCGAGAGGAAAUAAGUCACACUCUGAUGCAUGGAAGGUAAAUGGCGCAUACUAGCCUCUUACAAGAGCUCCCGAGAAUGGCUGGAAUCAAAGGGGAGCAAGGCUGUGUAUGUCGAAGGAGGG